AGGAUUAUUACACGACAUCUUUCAACAGAGAAUUUUAAUUCAACUUCCGACUAACAGACAUAUUGAAAGACAUCAAGUAGAAGAUGACUCCAAUCAUCCUUCUUGUCACUCUUGUCAUUGCUGGAUGUCUCGGACUCGAGGAGAGGUCAUUCGCUAGCUGUGUCCACAACUGUAAUGGCGACAUUGCUUGUGAGAUUCACUGCGCACACACUAAUCCAGUCAGAGCUUUAGGCAGCUGUAACCACCAGUGUCCACCCAACGAUGUCGGCUGCGAGACUGCAUGCUCUCAUGAACACAACCAGAGAGCUCUGGGGGAGUGCCUCCAUAACUGUCCCCCAAUGGAUAUCGGAUGUGAAGUACAAUGCUCACACCAAAACGCAAAGAGAGCCCUGGGUGAGUGCCUACAUCAAUGCCCUCCAGGUGACGUCGGAUGUGAGAUUCAAUGCGCCCACAACAAUGGUAGACGAGCCCUAGCCGAGUGCCUGAAUCACUGCUCAGGGAAUCUUGCAUGUGAAAUUCAGUGCACCCACAACAACCCUGUGAGGGCCCUUGGGGAAUGCUUACACCAGUGCCCACCCCUUGAUGUCGGCUGCGAAGUCCAGUGUGCCCAUAACAACAAGAGGGAACAGUGCAUUAGUCUAUGCCCACCAAAUGACCAAGGAUGCCACAGUGCUUGCUCUCACGAGGUCGUCGGCAAAAGAGAGUCUUGCAUUAGCCAAUGCCCGCCAAAUGACCAGGGAUGCCACAAUGCUUGCUCACAUGAGGUCGUCGGCAAAAGAGAGUCUUGCAUUAGCCAAUGCCCGCCAAAUGACCAGGGAUGCCACAAUGCUUGCUCACAUGAGGUUGUCGGCUAAAUCAGCAUCGUACAUUAAGUAAUACCUACAUUAAGUAAUACCUACUAAACUACUAAGACAAGUAACACUGUUUUACUUGAUAUAAUAAUGAUGCCUUUUAAUUAGGGCUAUGUAAUCAAUUUGUUAAUUAGUUAACAAUAAAGACACUAUUUCUAUUA